GACACCAAGACUGGACAUCACAGACAGCAGAAGCUCAAGAAGUCCUUAGGAAAUAAAAAGCCUAAGCCAGCUGAGGAGGUGGAAGCUGCUGUGGUGGGAGUGAACAGUGACUCUGAGGACACAGUCACCACCAUCUCCCCGGCCUCCCCAGUGAACGGGAGCGCCGAGCCCCGGAGCAAGCGCACCAUUCGCAGGCCUGCUUACUGGCUGGAAAUGAGAGGGAUGAAAAACAGCGUGAGCAAAUCCUCAGAAAAAAAAGGAGAAGUACUGUUGAAAGGCAAGAGGAAAUCUGAGCAAAGGGAAGGCAAAGAUGUUAAAGACUCUCCCAAGAAGAAGCAGAAGAUUUCGGGGAAAAACCAACAAACUGGAACAAAACAAAACUCCAGAACGAAACACCACAGUGUUCGGAAAGAGCCAGAAACCUAUGACCCAGGUAGUAUGGAAGAGCAGUGGUCUCUAGAGAUUCAGGACAAAGGCCGAGUUACCUGUCCCACGUGCCGGGCUGUGGUGAGGAAGACUGUAGAAGGGCUGAAGAAACAUAUGCUGAAUUGCAGGAAGGAAAUGUUCACAUGUCAGCACUGCGGGAAGCAGCUGAAGUCUUUAGCAGGGAUGAAAUACCACGUCAUGGCAGACCAUAACAAUCAGCCAAUUAUGAAGGAGGGAGAAGAAGUGGAUGAGCAGCUUGAGCGAGAGCGCCUUCGGAAGGUUCUGAAGCGAAUGGGAAAACUGAAGUGUGCAAGGGAGGGCUGCACAGGCAGCUUCACCAGCAUAAUGGGAUACCUAUAUCAUAUUAAAAAAUGUGGGAAGGCUGCUUCUGAGCUGGAGAAAAUGGCUAUGAAGUGCCAUCACUGUGGGAAAGCCUACAGAUCAAAGGCAGGACUUGUCUACCACCUGCGAUCGAAGCACGGGCCAGUCACCUUCCUCCAUGAGGAGAGAACAGAGAACCUGAAAGAAAUGAAACGGGAGCAAAACAGCGCAGGCAGAGUGCAGAGGAGAUCUGCAAAGGUGGCAAUCUACUAUCUCCAUGAGCUGGCAGGAGAGGAGCUGGCCAAAGAGUGGCCCAAAAGAAAAGUUCUGCAGGACUUGAUUCCUGAUGACCGGAAGCUGAAAUACACUCGUCCUGGACUGCCCACGUUUAGUCAAGAUGUACUGUGCAAAUGGAAAACGGAGAUAAAGAUGUACCGAAGAGUCCACUGCCCAAAUCAGGGUUGUGAAUCUGUGUAUGGCAGUGUCUCAGGACUCAAGUCUCACCUUGGCACAUGUACCUUGGGAGACUUUGUGGCUGGUAAAUACAAGUGUCUCCUGUGUGAGAAGGAGUUCACUUCAGAGAGUGGGGUCAAGUAUCACAUCAACUCUGUGCACGCUGAGGACUGGUUUGAUGUGAAUACCACGACCACCAAAAGCUUUCAGAAGCUAAUCAAAAUUCGCCAAAGGGAAGAGCAGAAGAAGCAGCGGAAGAAACGUCCUUUGAGCAGGGGCAGAAAGAAGAGAGCUGGCAGCCUGGCUGCCAAGAAGCUCCCUGCUGUUGGAGCUGAUAAAACGAGGAGGAGUAAGAGAGGUCGCCCACCACGAGCACACAACGAGAGCACGGGCAGUGAGGAAGGGGCACCCCAAGUUGCACAGAAAGCUGAAGUUCCAAAAACCAGCCGCAAGCGAGGCCGAAGUAAAUCCCUAGAAGAUGAGAAGGAGUAAUCCUAAAGCUUUUCAGCUACAAGCCCCACUUCUGUCAGGCUCAUAACCCACAGCACUAAUAUAAGCAGCUGAAUGUCUUUGGGACUGUGACUCAGUUCUGCAGGGGACUUUGAUACUGAAACAUCUGGUCAGUUGUGAGGGGUUCAAACCAAAGCUGCGGUGCAGAGGCUGCUUCUGCCCGUGAAGUUCCUUUGGACAGUGGCACUCACAGUGUGAUUCCUGCUCUGGUUGCAGCCUCAGUUUGGUCAUACUAGUUGCUUGUAUAGUGGUUUCCAGUACAGCAAGUGUCUGUUUUGUCAUCUUCCUCUGAUGUGUGAGAUCAGGGUUCUUUUUUACAGUUCUUCUCUAAAGGGACUGACUAGCACAAUGUUUGGGUCUCUUCAGCGGGGACAUCCUUUCUUGCACAGAAUGCACCCACACGGAACAUGAGAACAGUGCUGUGCAGAAUGCAAAGACUGCCUUGCCCUGUCACUCUCCUGUCUGUUGUCAGCAAGGCUGCCACAAAAGAGACCUUCUCAGUGCUUGCUGUAUCCUGUUGCACAAAGCUCUAUUUCAUACCCCAGCGUUUAGGCUCAGCACCAGACUUGGAAGGGAUGGAAGGUCAUUAUCACCCUUGUCAGGAACCCACUGUUCCUCCUGCAUCUGUCUCCUGUAAUGUUGGACAUUAAAUGUGUGUAGAAAGUCUUCCAGUGCUGCAACAGCUGAAUGCUCUCAAGCCUUUGGAGAUUCACCAGCCUUUUAGAGACCUUGGUACCUGAUGUGCUGAGGUGGCCUUUGUGUGCCCGUUGAGGCUGUUCCAUGCUCCCCUGGGAGACACACUGCAAUCAGUGCAUCCCUCCAUGAGCAGCCUGCUGGUGCUGGGACCAGGCUCCACGAGGCUGCCUUGCCAGCAUGGCUUCUUUGUCAUGCCAGUGCUCCCACAGUGUCUUUUCCCCCUGCUCUGCAGAUACCCCUUCACUGUCUUACAUAACCUGUUUCUUUUCAGCAUUGCCUCUCUGUGCAAAUGAGCUAUAAUAGCAGUGGCUUCCCUGUGUAGAAAAGGUUGAAAGAAGAGGGGUCACCAUUUUAAGUCAUGUUGUUGGCAUUGUCUCUGGGCCAUAAGGAAUAAUAUCUUUCUGUCUCUAUAAAUCAUAGAAUGUGAAGGGAUUGGAAUGGACCUUAAAGGUCAUUUAGUGUCACCCCCUGAGCAGGGACACGUCUCACUAAAGCAGGUGGCUCCAGGCCUUACCCAGCCUGGCUUUGAGCAGUGCCAGGGCUGGGGCAUCCACAGCCUCCCUGGGCAGUGUCUGAAUGCAGCAGAUGUCACAGAAGCUGGCAGGAAGCAGCAGCACAGGCAGGCCUGGUUUUUAAAGAAUGAGCUCUCCAGACUUUGUCAUCCAAAGACCCACCAUACCAGAAAAUUGCAGAAUUUGCACUGUGGGACAAAGUUGCUGGUGCUGAGAUUGGCAGGGAAGGCAUGGCAGUGUGAGGGGAGCAGGCAGGUUUGUACCUGUGUGUCAGUACCAGCACAAUCCCAUUGUUCUGACAGCAGGGGAUAAUGCAGGGCCAAGGGGGUCUCCAGAGCUGCCUUUGGAACAGGUUCUGCUGCGUUUGCACGUGCUGUGCUGAAAGCAGAUGUGGAGACUGUGCAGGGGUGUAGAGUCUGCAGUGAGAUGGGCAAGAGCAGAAGACAACAAAAUAAAAUGUCACCAGUGCGAGAA